AGAAUAAGAAUAAGGUGCUUUUUGGCAGCAAAUUUGUUUGUUUGUCAAAUUGGCACCAUUAAAAGUAUGCCGAAUUAGCUAGUACCGGUUCUUGUUUGCAAUGUGACCAUGGAUGUACAGACAACUAUCACUUGAUUACUUCCAAACUAAAGAAAAGUUAAAUAUGUGCUAAUUCUCAGGCAAGAUCUGUUGUUAUACGGAGCGUCUUUUUUUUUUCAAUGAAUUCUAAGCAGAUUUAUGGACGUUUUGUAUGCGACGGAAGUCGAAGAUGAAGAUAUAUUCCUCGGUAAGUUCCCACCGACUGCGCUGAGUCUGACCAGAGAGGAUGGCUGCAUCCAUGUGGAGAAUGAAUGGGCUCUGGAGAAGGAUGGCUGGACUUCUGGUGCUCUGCGCUCUGUUGCUCAGCAAUGAUGUGAUGUGUCAGGACGAUGCAGCAACAGAUCCCACAGCUACACCUGCUGCAGAUGCCAGUGCAGUGAUGGCCACUACAGCUCCAAAUGCUGCAGCUUCAGAUGCCACAACUCCAGAUUCUACAGCUCCAACUUCACAUGCUGCAGAUCCACCUGCUGCAACUGAUGCCCCAAGUGUAGGUGUUUCUACCACUGUUGGAGAAUCUGCUAAUCCCGCUGCCUCUGUAAAUGAGCCAAUCCAAGCAACCAUUGUAAACAUUGUACUCGGCGGCUUAGAGACCACUGCUGUCGUCACGGAAGUCCCCCACACUGUGGUGCCUGAUGUGAUGUGCGUUGGAAAAGAGGACGUUCCAGAAAGUAAUGCUGUCAAGGUUGAGUUGGCAACAAAUGAUUGUGAAGCAUCUAAACUCAUUUUAAUGGAGAACCCUGCAGGCUGGUGCUCCAAGGAAAAGUGUAAUCUAAAAAUCUUCCAAGAAAGCAACACGCUGCUUGUGGCCAGUGACGAUGCUCCGUUGGCGUCUUUGGCUAGAACACUCGAGAGUGAACAUUUGAAAGACAAGCUGGGUGUGACGAAGACUGAGACCCCGUCAUCAUCAGGUUCCUCUGUCCUUGUGGGAAUCCUGGUCACUGGUCUGCUUGCCGCCCUUGCAAUCGUUGUAGGUUACCUCAAAUGCCCACGCAGGUCCGACACCAAGGGAGUGAGGCUGGCGGAAGAGGCCUAUCCAGCAGAUCAGGAAAACCAGGGGAACACUCUUGUAUCUGUGGCCCCCCUCAACCCCCCUCCGGAAACUCCGGAAACUCCGGAGAAACCCAGCGUAAACGGAGAGUCCCCGGAGGAAGCCAAGACCCAGCCUCCUCCUCCCACCAACGGCCACUCCACCACCAAGACAGCCGACACCGAGCUGUAAAAUAGUCCACACGUAAUUGCAGCCCAGGAACUACCCCCACAAACACACACACACACACACACACACAUAUGCAAACGCACCCCGCCCCCACCUUCUGCAUCCACUCCUGCCUCCUAACCACAGAGAGUCCACAGCAAAGUGGACAUCAGGGACUAGAACUAUUUCCUACAUCAACGCUCCUCUUGUUAUAGUCCCCUUGCUUCAUUCUCUUUGGCUAUGUGCCGCAAUAAACAUCAGGAAAACUAGUCUGACGAUUAUGGCGGUGACGUUGGUGAUGACAAAGGCUCGGUCCCUGAGUUGUUGACGGCAGUCAGGCUGGAGACGAGAGACAGGAGAUGGGCAGCUCUGGGUGGGAACAGAGUGUAUUUUAGCAUUAAUCACAAACCCAUGAUGACUGCAGCCUCUGGAGUCACAGCCAUAUGUUGUCAACACACAGCAAGGGUCUCUGCAUGUCAUCAGGUUCAAAGCUCCAAGCAACCCGCCACUAGUAAAUCCAGCAUAAGCACAUCAAUGAAAUUGUUCCUUAGUUUAUUGUAAAGCCGUGGCAGACAGAGAGGAAAUAAAUCACUCUGCCUUUUAAAUCUGUAUACAAACUCAGAGAGAAAAUCCAUUGGGCUCUCAUCUUGUUUGUGUUAUUGAGUUAUUGAUCAGCGUGCGAAUGUGUGUGCUGCUUGUGUGUGUGUGUGUGUGUGUGUGUGUGUGUGUAAUCGGCUGUACGUAUAUCCAUACAUGCCUCCAAGCUUCCUUUGCUUACUGUAUGUAUGUAUGUAUGUUGAUAACAAGUGGUUGAUAUUGAUCAAGUAUGUGAGUGAAUGAGGAGUCCGAAAUGUGCAUGAGACAUUAGCCAGUGUACAAUUUUGUAAAAUGAGUUGGUCCACCGAGAUUACCCAUGGUGAGGAGGACAAAGUACUAACGUGUUUUUUUUUUUUUUUUUUUUUUUUUUUUUUUAAUCACACCAUUUUCUUGAAAAGGGGUAUCCGCAAGGAAUUCUCCAAUCUAUCACUGCAAACUGUAUUGAAAUCAAUCCCAAAGCCAACAGGCCUCUUUACAGUGGAUGUAUAGUCACUGCUGAAAACCAUCCAUCUUUAUCAGUGUUACUCUCUUUUUAAUAUUCUGUGUAUGCUAUUUUUUUUAUCCGUAUUCUAUUGUGCAGUGUGUAUAGUAUGAUGACUUACUUUGUCCUGUUUUUAUUUUGUGUACCAACACCUUUUUAUGUGCCAAAGAAUUUCUUUUCAUAUCUUAUGGUGUACUAAAAUAUGUAUUUCUGUGGCACCCCAAAUCUGUGAUUUUGUUUUUAUCCUGUAAAAGCAUAUUUUCUUUUUCUUUUUCUUUUUUUUUACUGACAUACCUGAGAUCGAAUUAAAAAGGAAACUGCAAUAUCCCGUAGUCGACCUGGAACAAAGCAAAAAAUAUUCUGCUAUAUAAAUGGGAUGCUUUGCAUUGAUUUCACCUUUUUGAUCCAUUUUGUAUCUUUUCAUUGCUAACAUUCCAAUGUGACUGUUUCAUUCUACUAGCACCCUGUAGUUAAUAAUUGGAUUAAAUAUAAAAAAACAAAAAAAAACAAAGGAUGAAUAUCUUUUUUUAAGGAAUUGUCAUGUUUUCAGCCUGUAAGAGUGAGUGGGAAGAGCAAUGGGGUUUUUGAACUACAGAAACAUGUGCACAUGCACCCACAUACAUCUGUGCUCUAUCACACAUUGAAUUUAAAUCCCAUGUAGCCCAUAAGGUCACACAGCUGGUUUGCAUAAGCGGUAGUAAUGACAUCACUUCACACUGUUUUGUCUUUCACAGUUUGGGUGGGGCAGCGAAAACAUCCACCAGCUGCCUUUUCUAAAUGCCACAGGACAUGUUCGUAAUUUCACCAUUACAGUCCAGAAUCUACACACCAUCCAUCAUCAUGGUCAUAUACGUAUUUCUAAUUCAUUAUCUGUCGCCGUGCACUGCAUGUGACGGUGUGACUUGUUUAUUUCCUAUCCACUCGCGCCCUUCUUUCAUCACAAGAUCGAGCCCCAUGUGCAUUCCUCCCCUGCCCUGUCCCCUUCUGCACCCUACAAGGAAAAUAUUUCCUACAUUGAGAACUGUCCUGUUGUCACAAUAUGCCACAACUGUAAAGCCUUAACAAAAAGCACACACCAAAGAAACAUAUAUUGGGUUAAAUGUGAUCAUCUACAAUCUGAGACCGCAACAACUGCUGCGCGGUGCAAAUUUAAGAGGCGUAAAUCCUAGUGGACGUGAGCAUUGCUGUAUGUAUGUACACUGAGACAUCUCUGUUAUUUGUAACCUAUGUGAACUUGAACUCUGUGAGGUGAAAGCCAAGAUAUUUUACACACCAACAGACUCCACCCGUGUGAGAAUAUUGAGUUCACGUCUCUUUUGUCUGCUCUACGUUUAUUUACUCCUCAGGCUCUCCUGUCUGUCAAACUUAAAGAGUUGGUUUACAAAAAUGACACGCAAAGAAAUCUUUAUUUUCUCACUUUCCCCUA